CGCUAAUUUUCGCCUGCGCCUGUGUUUUGGUUUGCUCUGUCCUCCUCCACACACACACACACACACACAGCCAAAGCAAACAACAACAGCGAAGCAGGUUUCGGCCUCAGGCCCACCACAUCCAAGAGCGAGACGGUCGGUCCGGUUGGAUUUGUCCUCGGGUUGGUUCUCCACCAUCGCCAUUCAUACCCAUCACCUUUUCUCAUUGCCAUUCCUUCAACCAGUCACCACCGCUACCACCACUACCACCAACAAACCAAAGCGCCCGCGUAUAUUGCGCGCAAAUACGCCAUCAGCACACAUCCUCCCCAUCACGACCACAACGCAACCAUGAGUGAAGGAGACGCAAGCACGCCGCCAACGACGCCAAAGCAGAAAGGCUCUGGCAUGUUCGGCUGGCUGUUUCGGAAACGCAGCAGCCGCUCGUCGCUGGGCGGCGAUGCCGAAGAGCCCUCCAUCGGAGAUGGUGCACAAAAGCAGCAGAAGGAGCCCGCCGAGGACACCAGCAGCACUGACGGCGACAAGGGACCCCAGUCAGACAACGACGCAUUCGCGCGCGAGGACGACAGCGCACAGGAGAUGGCUGUGAACGGAAAGACGGCAAGUGAUGAAGCAGCAAAGCCAGAUGCCAACACCACAGACAGCGAGCCAAAGCACAAGGAUGUGGAAGAACUCAACACCUCGUCAACAACAGACAACCAAGAAACCAACGGGGCAGAGGCGGCCAAGAGCCCCACCACCUCCACCUCCACGUCCUCGCCGCCCGCCACCCCGUCAACGCCAUCCACACCAGCACCGCUACCGGAGAAGGAGACGCCAAAGACGACCCCAAAACCUGCGCCAAAACCGAAACCAAAGCCAGAGGUCAAGGCCAAGCCCCUAGGAGGGUCGACACCGGGCUCAAGCAGCAAACCGCGUCCCAUCGUCCAGCCGAAGCCAUCUCCAUCGUCGUCGGCAGCAACGCCGCCACCCGUGGCUCAGAAGCCGCGCGGGCGUGUUGGCACCAUCGCUGCUGCGCUCGCGGCGCGGCCACCACCCGGACUGUUUCAGCAGCGAACACGAUCGGCAACGACAUCUAUGCCCAAACCGGCGCAGCGCCGCGUGAAGAGCGAAUCGUUUAUCUUCCGCCCAGAGUCUGGCGCCGUGGAGGAGUCUUUUGACAUUGGCCGCACAACCAUGCUCAACAACACAGCAGCCAAGGAGCGUGUGCGCCUGUCGUCCCACAGCCAGCGGCCGCGCCGUCGCCCAACGCGCACAGGUCGCAGCGGCACCCGCAGCCAGCCCUCGUCCAAGUCGGGCUCUUUUGUCAUCAAGGACGUACGCUCGGCGUCAACUGCGCGCCUGCAGGACGCCCUGCGCGGGUUUGCUGGCGACAGCAGCACGCGGCAGGCGUCAUCGGCAGCCAUAUCUGUUGCCUCGGUGCCGCUUGACGAGGCGGAGGAGGUGGAGGCAGCGCGCGAGCUGCAGGUGGUGCCGGAGGGAGAGGGCGAAGACACGACGGUGAAGGUGGAGGUGAAGGCUGAGGUGAAGGCUGAUGGCGAGCCCGAGGGCAUCGAUGCUGACGGGACGAAGGAGCCGCAAACGUCGGAUGAGGAGGAGAACAAGAAGAAGGUGGGGGAGAAGGGUGAAGUGGACGAGGAAGCUAAGCACAAUGAUGCGGAAGAGGCGGAGGAUGGGCAAGAGGCAGAAGAGGCAGAAACAGAGGUACAUCAGGAAGAUGAGGAAGAAGAAAAGGAGGGUGGUGACAUUGAGAUUGUUUCUGGGUUUGCGGAUUUGCAGACGGAAGAAGCAGACGCCUAAGCCGAGUUGUCACGACGUGUGUGUGUGUGUGUGUGUGUGUGUGUGUGUGUGUGUGUGUGUGUGUGUGCG